CUCACGACACGAACGUUGUAAAUUUAUUAGGAAGUUCUCGAGUAGGUUUCAGUUUUUGCAGUGUUCUAUAACAAAAAUGAUUUCUCCAAUGUUUGGUUUAGUAUUUGCAUUUGCAUUUAGCAACACGCUAGCUAAAGAAACCUACAAGGCGGCCGUGGUGGAAUAUCAUCCAGUUAACAGUGACAAUGCGUACGAAGAUUUUUUCACCAACGUCAGAAUGUAUUUAAAGUACAUCGAGGAAGCGGCUUUGCAGGGGGUCGAUAUAAUCGUGUUCCCUGAAGAUGGAUUAACUGGCUGGAUGUUGGACGAUAAAUAUAUUCCCACAUUUGCUACCGAAAUUCCGGAUUCUGAUAGUGGAGUUUCCCCGUGUAUCGAUAGAAAUGGUAGUUAUUCCAAUUAUUUAAUCAAUUUAUCCUGUGCUUGCAAAAGGAAUAAAAUAUAUUCGGUGGUUAAUAUAAUUGAAGUGGUCCAUGGUAGUGAUGGAGAAAAAAUUUAUCAUAACACGAACAUUGCUCUUAAUCGUGCUGGAGUGGUUAUUGCAAGGUACCGAAAGAUAAAUUUAUACGAUGAAGUAUUUUAUAAACCCGGUGAGCAUGUACUCAGUACAUUUACAACUGAUUUCGGGGUGACAUUUGGAAUGUUCAUAUGUUUCGAUGUGGUAUUUAAAAGUCCUGGAUUAGAUAUUUUGCAAAAUACUGAGGUCACCGACAUUGUGUAUUCAACAGCGUGGUUUGCUCGACUGCCCUUUUACACAGCAAAUAGUGUACAACAUGGUUACGCGAAACUCCACGGUCUCAACUUUUUAGCAGCGGGGUUAAAUGACCCAAAAACUGGCACGGGUGGCAGUGGGAUUUAUCUUGCUGACGGUGGUAUACUUACCGUUUACAUUACCGGUAAAGAAGAAUCAAAACUAAUCAUAGCUAACGUGCCCAAGAUAAAAUCCAGAGUUGAUUUAUCUAACACCUGUCAACAUGCUGGUGCCGAUUCAGUGAAUUCACAUUCCAGUGACGUGCAUCUAUUCUUCACAAACACUACCGAUUUGAGUAACUACACAGUACAAUCCCUGGAUUUAAACGAUUUAGAAGUUAGUGAAACUGUUUGUGCCAAAAAUAGUGAAUUUUGUUGCACUUUUAAUGCAACCAUGAAGAAGUACUCACCAUUACCCAACUACUCAUAUAAGUUAAUUGCGUAUAGUGGGGUCAGCGCGAUAUCGACUACAAAAACCAUUGGGUUAAAACAAUGCGCUCUAGUAGCAUGCAGCGAAGAUAACAUUGCUUCUUGCGGGCAAAGGAAUAAAGGAUUUCCGAGCGGAAUCUAUUUUGAACAUAUAUCAGUUUCCGGAACUUUUAACACCAACGACGCCGUAUACAUGCCAUCAACCGUGACAUAUGAUCUUCUUCCAACCAAUCGAUACGUGUACUGCAGGAAGGUUUCCGGUAACCAAGAAGAAGUAAGCAUGUAUACAACGCAAAAACUGGAUUCCCUUUUGACUUUUGGCAUAUUUGGUAGAACAUUUAAAUAUGAUGAUCAUACUCCGGGAAUAAUUACUGAUGCGGCAAGUCGUAGUGGUCACAUAUCGUAUAUGGCAUGUUUGCUUAUUUUAUUUUGUUCCAAUUGUUUGUGGAUAAUAUAAUUGUCGCUUUGUACAUAGUCAACUGAUGGCAAAAGUGCAUAAGCGUUAUAUAAUUUUUU